AGCUUCGUUGGGAAUAUCCCGGAAAGAGUUCACGAAUAUUCGGAGUGUAUCCUUAGUACGAACUCUUAGAAAGACGAGAGGAAAAAUAACUUAUUUUUCUAUUCGUAUUAAAUUUGUUCCACGGCGGAGUUAAAUUCAUGAACAUUUAGAGCGUGUUCUUAGUACGACUAGAAAGACGAGAAGGAAAACAAUUUAUUUUUCUGUUCGUAAUAAAUUUGAGUGAAAUUUGAAGAAUUUCGAAAAUGUCUAUGCGACCUGAUGAUCAUAGGAGAAAAUGGAACAGGGAGGAGUACGAAAGGAUAGCACUUCAGCGUCUCCAGGAUGAGAUUGCUGAGGAAGAGUUGGGAAUCCCAAAACAGCCAGCAGUAAAAAGAGAAUUGCUCAAACAACGAGAUUAUAAAGUUGAUCUUGAAUCUAAAUUAGGGAAAAGUGUAGUUAUUAAUAAAAAUACUCCAUCAUCACAAACUGGAGGGUACUAUUGCAAUGUUUGCGAUUGCGUUGUCAAGGAUUCAAUUAAUUUUUUAGAUCACAUUAAUGGCACAAAACAUCAACGUAAUUUAGGCAUGUCAAUGAAAAUAGAAAGAUCUACGUUAGAACAGGUUAAAGCACGGUUUGCAAUGAAUAAAAAGAAAUUGGAAGAAAAAAAGAAAGAUUAUGAUUUAGAACAGAGAGUAAAAGAAUUAAAGGAAGAGGAGGAAAAAAUUAAGGAGUAUAGAAAAGAGAAGAGAAAAGACAAGAAAAGAAAAAUUGAAGAAAUCAAUGAAGAUAAUGGUGGACCUUCAGAUGAAAUGGCAGCAAUAAUGGGUUUCUCAGGCUUUGGAUCUAAGAAAAAGUGACAUUGAAACAUUAUUGAUUAAUUUGACAAAGCAAUGAAGAUACAUCCUUCAUUCUUCAUCUUCAAUGAAGAAGAUCAUUUUUUGAAGACAAAUCUCAAGAAGGGACUAUGAUGUUAUUAAUUUUUUAAGAAAUGUUUUGUUUAAGAAUUAACAUUGAACACUACAAGAUCAGGGAUAAAUAAGACUGAUCUUAAAUUAUAUAAAAAAUUUAUCUUUGAUAUCAAUAUUUAAGUUUGAACAUAAUUUAAUUUAUUCCCUUUUUCUUGUAUGAUCAAUGUUCUAAAUGUACAGAUAAUUUUUAUCUAUAUUCAAUAUAAUGAAUAACAAGUGAUUCAUUUCAUAAGCACAGUAUGUUAAUUUAGUAAAAACAUUAAGAGCACUGCGAAAAUUAUAUAUGUGCUUCGGCCUCACAAAUAACUUGUCAAUGUACUUCAAAUUUAUUGCAAUACUAAAAUUAAACUUUAUAAAAUUUUUUCUGGACCAGUAAUGAACAUUGUUUGAAUAAUGUUUUAAUUUGUCAAUAAAGAUUUUAUAAUAUUUAA